AUGAGCGGAAUCCACAGAUUUCUCACGAAGCGCGAGCGGCUUAGCAGAUAUGGAAAGAAAGAUGAGUCUUCGAAUAUCCUUUCCCGUCCCCAUUUCCGUGGCUUCUUCUCGUCAACCCAACCACCAGCGAAUACUGAUGAAGAACAAAAGAAGAUCAAGCUUCUUGAGCGUCGCAUCGCGCAGCUUGGUAUCACCAGUCUUAAAGAGGAACAUUUUGGCUAUGCCUUACAAUCCUCACAUGCCCAGGGAGAUGUGGACAGAGCGUUUGACUUGCUGCUACUUCUUGAAGACUCUAUCGAAGGAAUCAUCAGAGGAUAUACACCAAGUACGAAGCUCCUGGGAGCAGAGAACCGCCAAGGAGUCACUUGCUACCUAGAUGCGCUUCUCUUUGCGAUGUUCGCUCGUCUUGAUUGCUUUGAAGCCAUUCUAUAUAAAUCCUUUAAUGACGAGCCUCGUCGGAAACUCGUCAUACUGUUAAGGCUCUGGGUCAACAUGCUGCGGUCGGGAAAACUCAUAACAACGGAUAUUACUAAACAUUUGCAAGAUGCACUGGCUGAAUGUGGCUGGGAUGAUGCAGCCAGGCUACGCCAGCAGGACACAUCGGAGGCGUUCACGUUUAUAACGGGCACGCUGGAAUUGCCCCUCCUUACUCUGAAAAUGGACAUUUAUCAUACAGGCAAAGAAGAUGCGAGUGACGACCACAAGUUUGUCAAUGAAAGAUUAUUGGAGGUUGCGAUACCAGAGCCUCAUGAUGGAAGGACCGUCACGCUUGAGGAUUGUUUGGAAUCGUACUUCAACAAUCGUAUAGAAGUGAAACGGCACCUUGAACGGCGCAGCACUGUGGGCUCCACUAAAUCAGUAGACUCCUUAGUCAAGGGUUUUACGACGCACAUCGAGACAGUGGAAGUUAGCCCAUCUCCUUCGACAUCUCCAACAACUUUGUCACCUUUCCGCCUUGAUGAAGUGACCCCAAUCACGUCUAUAACCGAAUCAAGCGGCUCAGACACACAUAAGGUCAGGCGAAGCAGCAUCGUCCAAGAACGGUUUAUACCUGACUUGGAAGGUGAUGGCCAUGUGACAUCUCAGCGGAGGGGCUCGUAUCGGAAGGAGGUUAUGAUGCCUGCGUGGCAGUUUUUUAGUUUGAUACCCUGGUACACGGAUAAUACGCCGACCAAUGAUGCACAGGUCGCUGCGCACUUUUCUUCAAAACGGCCAAUACUCGGCUUGUGCUUAAAGCGUUAUUCUAUGUUACCAAACGGUAAAGCUAUUCGACUUAAUACAUUCAUUGACAUCCCAACAGAGAUUGGACUGCCUCAUUUCAUUCAAGACGACAGUUUUGACGAAGAAGGUCCUAUCUACGGGAAUUUCAAACUUUCCUUGCAGGCAAUGGUUUGCCAUCGAGGUAACUCUGUCGAUUCAGGGCAUUACAUCGCCAUUGUUCGGGGUACCAGUGCUGGUGCGCCCCCUGCUAGCUCUCAUAGUUCGGAGACGGCAUUUUCAGAUAGCCCCCAAUAUUGGAUGCGAUUUGAUGACUUGGCCGCUGAGCGUGUGACCUUGGUUGAUGUCGAACAAGCUCUGAAGCACGAAUCGCCCUAUCUUCUAUUCUACCAAAUUCUGCCGAUCAAUGAAGAUGCUGCGGCGGUCAAUCUCCCAAAUACGGCGCCUUCUUCUGAAGUGUCGGAGGAUACACAGGAUUUGGAUACUUUAGCAAUAUCUCAGAAAUUAAGCGCCUCGAUCGGUGAUCUUUCUGAAAGUUGUCACAUGGAGGGAUUGCGUUCUAACCGGCCAAGCUUCGAGAUCACUGCCCCAGAUAAUACAGAAAUCGAGCCACUAGACCAUAAUGGCAGAAAGCAUAGUGUUGCCUUCUCCGAUGCAGUUGAGUCAAAUACUUCCGGAGGACUCCAGGUACAAACCGUUUCAUCGACGUCACCGAGACUUACUGCGAAAGAUGACGAUAGGGGGAGGAACUCCUUCUCAUUUUCUCGUCGUACGUCAAGAAACCGGAGAAGCACACCUGGCAGCCGUGCGGGGAGUCAAACUAGUGAGAGCAGAAUUAGCGCUACAUUCUCACGUUUUACCGGUCGACGCAGCAGAGAUAAGCUCAACAGCGAUGGUUUCUCGACCGAGGACGAUGAGUUUGCCGUUGACAAUGUGCUGCCAAGCGAGAAGUUUAUACCAACGAGUAGUGAAAGCAACGAGAAGAGCCCUCGACGGGGGAAGGAAGGUGCCAGGAACAAAGGGAAGUCCAAGGAAAAGCCUAGAGAGAAGUUUGGACGAAAGCUUGAGCGGGAGUGCUCUAUAAUGUAAGCGAUGAUUCAUUGACGGUUUUAUGAUUCAUGAUUUUCAUGAUCACACAAUUCUAGAGAGGAAGUGAGCGCGAUUGAUACCCAGCCACUUUUCUCAUUAUUCAUCAUUUAUCCCAGUCAUGUGCAACUCGGGAAGAUGUUAAUUUGUAUAGACUAUGAGUGAACAUAUUAGAAAUAGAUAGGGGAAGGUGGGAUUGUGCAAAAUCGAGAGCAUUUGUAUCGUACAAUAGUU